GAAAGAAAAGUACCGGGACUUAUCCUGCUGCUGCAAACCCAGAGACGGCAGAGGAAGAGGGGGGUUGGCUUCUCCCCCAAGGUAAAGCCCUGCCCCCUUUACCUCCUUGCCACCUCCUCCGAGAAGGGGAAGGAGAGAGGGAGAAGGAGCCAAAGUGGAGAAAAGCAGCUCUUCUGCAGCUGGCAUUUGGAGUACAGGGAGCCAGGAAGCGAAGGAUGGUUGUGGUUACCCGAGCGGGCUGCAGGGCAGCUCUUUUCCUCUGGAUUUUCAGCAGCAUCAGCUGCAGAGCCAGGACUGCUCUGUCUGCAUCUCAAAAGUGUGAUGAACCUCUGGUGUCAACAUUACCCCACUCCUCCUUCAGCAGUUCAUCAUCUAUGACAAGCAGCUAUGCUCCAGGGUAUGCCAAGUUAAACAAGCGAGGAGGUGCAGGAGGCUGGUCACCAUCGGACAGUGACCAUUACCAGUGGCUACAGGUGGAUUUUGGGAGCAGGAAGCAGCUCAGUGCUGUUGCCACUCAGGGCAGGUAUAGCAGCUCGGACUGGAUCACUCAGUAUCGGAUGCUCUACAGUGAUACAGGGAGAAACUGGAAACCGUACCACCAAGAUGGAAAUAUAUGGGCAUUUCCAGGAAAUACAAACUCUGAUAGCGUGGUCCGGCAUGAUUUACAGCAUCCAGUUAUUGCUCGCUACAUACGGAUAGUUCCUUUGGACUGGAAUGGAGAGGGCCAAAUUGGGUUAAGAAUUGAAGUCUACGGCUGCUCCUAUUGGGCUGAUGUUAUCAAUUUUGAUGGCCAUGUAGUGUUACCAUACAGAUUCAGGAACAAGAAAAUGAAAACACUGAAAGAUGUCAUCUCUCUGAAAUUUAAGACCUCUGAAAGUGAAGGUGUAAUCUUCCACGGAGAAGGACAACAAGGAGACUAUAUCACCUUGGAACUGAAAAAAGCCAAACUUGUUCUAAAUUUGAAUUUAGGCAGCAAUCAGCUUGGCUCAAUUUAUGGCCACACAUCUGUGAUGACGGGCAGCCUCUUGGAUGAUCACCACUGGCACUCCAUCAUGAUAGAGCGCCAUGGGCGAAACAUCAAUCUCACCCUGGACAGACACAUACAGCACUUCAGAACCAAUGGAGAAUUUGAUUACCUGGACCUGGAUUAUGAGAUAACCUUCGGAGGCAUGCCUUUUUCUGGGAAGCCAAGUUCUAACAGUAGGAAAAAUUUCAAAGGCUGCAUGGAAAGUAUCAACUACAAUGGCAACAAUAUCACGGACCUUGCCAAGAGGAAGAAAUUGGAACCUUCUAAUGUGGGAAAUUUAAGCUUUUCCUGUGUGGAGCCACAUACAGUGCCUGUCUUUUUCAAUGCCACCAGUUACCUUGAGGUUCCUGGUCGUCCAAGUCAGGAUCUGUUUUCAGUCAGUUUCCUUUUCCGAACCUGGAACCCCAAUGGACUUCUUGUCUUCAGCAACUUUGCGGACGACCUGGGGAAUGUUGAGAUUGACAUAAAUGAGGGCAAAGUGAGCGUCCAUAUCAAUGUCACCCAAGUAAAGAAGAACCGAAUAGACAUCUCAUCAGGCUCUGGUCUCAAUGAUGGGCAGUGGCAUGAAGUCCGUUUCCUAGCUAAGGAAAAUUUUGCUGUCCUCACCAUUGAUGGCGAUGAAGCUUCAGCUGUUCGAACAAACAGUCCUCUACAGGUUAAGACUGGAGAGAAAUAUUUCUUUGGAGGGUUUCCUAUACAGAUGAAUGACUCCGAUCACUCGCUGUUUCAGCAUUCAUUUCAAGGAUGCAUGCAGUUUAUUCACGUGGAUGAUCAGCUGGUGGAUUUGCACGCAGUGGAGCAAGGCCAGCUGGGAAGCUUCGCCAAUGUCACCAUUGACAUGUGUGCCAUUAUUGACAGGUGUGUGCCCAAUCACUGUGAACACGGUGGCAAAUGCACCCAGACGUGGGACAGCUUCAAGUGCACUUGCGAUGGAACUGGAUACAGUGGUGCCACUUGUCAUAACUCUAUUCAUGAGCUCUCCUGUGAAGCAUACAAACACUUGGGCAAAACUUCAAAUUACUACUGGAUAGAUCCAGAUGGCAGUGGGGCACUGGGACCUUUGAAAGUUUACUGCAACAUGACAGAGGACAAAGUAUGGACAACUGUGUACCAUGAUCUGCAAAUGCAGACUUCUGUGGGAGGCAACAGCCUGGAGAAGUUAUCUGUGCUGCAGCUCAACUACAGUGCAACAAUGGACCAGAUUUCUGCCAUUACCAGCAGCGCUGAAUACUGCGAGCAGUUUGUCUCCUAUUCUUGCAAGAUGUCCCGGCUGCUGAACACACCAGAAGGGAAUCCAUAUACCUGGUGGGUUGGAAAAGCCAAUGAGAAGCACUACUACUGGGGCGGAUCAGGACCCGGCAUUCAAAAAUGUGCCUGCGGCAUCGAACGCAACUGUACAGAUCCCAAGUACUACUGCAACUGUGACGCCGAUUAUAAGCAAUGGAGAAAAGAUGCUGGGAUGUUGUCAUACAAAGAGCACCUACCAGUCAGUCAGGUAGUCGUUGGAGAUGUUGACCGGCCUGGGUCUGAAGCCAAGAUAUCUGUGGGACCUGUGCGUUGUCAAGGAGAUCGAAAUUACUGGAAUGCGGCUUCUUUUGUUACUUCAUCAUCCUACCUUCACUUCUCCACCUUCCAAGGGGAAACCAGCGCAGACAUCUCUUUCUACUUCAAAACAUCAGCCUCAGACGGGGUGUUUCUUGAGAAUCUGGGGAACACUGACUUCAUCAAACUGGAGUUGAAAUCUGCUACAGAGGUUUCCUUUUCAUUUGAUGUUGGAAAUGGGCCGGUGGAAAUUGUCGUUAGGUCUCCCAGCCAGCUCAAUGAUGACCAGUGGCACCGGGUCAAUGCCGAGAGGAACGUCAAACAGGCCAGCCUACAGGUAGACCAGUUACCCCUGGAGGUCCGGAAAGCACCAACAGAAGGACACACACGACUGGAAUUGUACAGCCAGCUCUAUGUGGGUGCUGCAGGCGGCCAGCGAGGCUUCCUCGGCUGCAUUCGUUCAUUAAGGAUGAACGGGGUGACGCUGGAUCUGGAGGAGCGAGCGAAAGUCACGCCAGGGGUGAAGCCCGGCUGCUCUGGCCAUUGCACGAGCUAUGGGAUGUACUGUGCAAAUGGCGGUAAAUGCGUCGAGAAAUACAACGGCUACUCCUGUGACUGCUCCAGAACUGCCUACGAUGGACCAUUUUGCAUUAAAGAUGUUGGAGCAUUCUUUGAAGAGGGAAUGUGGCUUCGUUACAACUUCCACUCCCCAGGGACUAGCGUGAAGGAUUUAGUUAGCCGAACACUUUUGAGUUCUACGGAUCCCGAGACCACAGCGCCUGAUCUCAACUUGAAUAAAGAAGCGCUCAGCUUCAGCUUCAGUACCACCAAGUCCCCUUGUGUCUUAUUGUACAUCAGCUCCUAUACCCAGGACUUCAUGGCUGUGCUUGUCAAGCCAUCCGGGAAUCUGCAAAUUCGUUACAGCCUAGGAGGCACCAAAGAGCCAUAUAACAUUGAUGUGGACCACAGAAACAUGGCUAAUGGACAGCCCCACACUGUUAACAUCACGCGGAGUGGACGGGACAUAGUACUGCAGCUUGAUCACUAUCCUCCAACAAGUUACAGCCUGCCAACAGCAUCUGACAUUCAGUUCAAUUCCCCAAAGGCACUAUUCCUAGGAAAAGUUAUAGAAAUUGGGAAGAUUGACCAAGAUAUAUAUAAAUACAACACUCCAGGAUUCACUGGCUGCCUAUCGAGAGUACAGUUCAACCAGAUUGCUCCACUCAAAGCAGCUCUGAGACCUACCAACGCCUCCUCUCACGUCCACAUCCAAGGAGAACUGGUGGAAUCCAACUGCGGAGCAUCUCCACUCACCAUCCCACCAAUGUCGGCCGCUACUGACCCGUGGCACUUAGACUCAGCCAGUGCCGAUUUCCCAUACAACGGUCAAGCUAUAGGAGAUGGAGUUAACAGAAACUCUGCCAUUAUUGGAGGUGUCAUUGCAGUGGUGAUCUUCACCAUCCUCUGCACCUUAGUGUUCCUGAUCCGCUACAUGUUUCGCCACAAGGGAACCUACCACACCAACGAGGCCAAAGGGGCAGAGUCAGCUGAGAGCGCCGACGCCGCCAUCAUGAACAAUGACCCCAACUUCACGGAGACCAUCGACGAGAGCAAGAAGGAAUGGCUUAUCUAAGCCCACGGGGAUGGGGCCUGGGGUGGGAUACAAGCUGGGCCAGGGCGGGACUGGGAUGACUCUUGCAGUGGGGAGAGAACACUCUGUGUCGGACGCUUGAGCACAUGUACGGUAAAAAGAUCAGCACAACUGGAGGAGCAAGUGACAGGAAAAUACCACUGAGACUGGAGGAAAAAAAAGAAUAUCUCAAGCAUUUAAGAAAAAAUACUUUUUAAUAUUAUUUACAGCAAAUUGCCCCUUCUGUAUCCAAACAACUACAACAAAGACCAGUUUUGCAGCUUCAGCAUUGGUUAAAAUUUUCAGUAAUACCUGUCUAUUUCUCUGUGUGUUUAGAGGUGUUCUAGAUACCCGCAAUGAGAAAUGGGGCUGGUUUUUUUACAUUUUUUAAAAGCUGUUUGAAACAUGGGUAGGUCUGUCCUGACAAGUGGCAGACCUUUCUUCCUGGCCUUGUGUUCCUUCAUGGCCGGCCACUUCCCCCUGGGCUGCCCUCAGCCCUGCAUCUUGGCCAUAUCACCGUUCAUUUUGGUGGGAUCGAACUGGGGGUUCAGGGCUGGGGGUGGGACGGGGGGGGUGACGAUUAAUGCCAAUCUGACUCACCAAUUUUUCAAUGUGUCAUCAACGCGUGCCAACCCUGGCAGGAUACAUAUUCUUGACCCAGGCAUGCUGUUGAUUGCAUACAGUUCUCAUCAGCAAUGUAAAAAUACUGCUAUUAUGACUACUACUACUAUCAGAGAGGACGAUCAUAAAGCACAGGAAGCUUUGGGGUUUUUUUUUAUUAUCAUUAUUAUUAUUAUUUUGUUGGUCUCGAGGGAGGAUGGUGCUGUGUGAGUCUGUAGACCUAGUCUGUUCCUGUGUCUUUGGCUAUGGCACUGGUGACCUGAGGCACAUGCCAGUUUAAACUCAGCUCUGCCUGUGGCAUAUUGGCAUACCCUGUACUUAGGUGUAAGCAUUGUAGUAGGGAAUUAGAGCCAGACUUGGCUUCUGUUUCUUCUUUAUAGGCUGUUGCAGAAAUAUUAGUAAAGCUCUAGUCAAUGCAUUUGAACCUGUGGGCUUCACAUAAUACUUUUUUUUCCAACUGUAGCAUAGCAAUUUAUUCAUUAAAUCCUUUGUUCUGGUCCCUCUGCAAGGAAAGCCUCUGCUGGCAGUGUUUGCACAGGGAGGAAGAUGAGGCAAAGGAGGCUUGGAAACUGUCCAGAAAGCACGUGAGAAACACGCAGCGCCCAGUGGAGAGUUACUUUUCACUACAGAGAUGUACCUGAACUAUUUUGCUGUCUUUGUAAGGUAUUAUUAAGAACAGCAAGGCCAAUGCCAAGUGCACCAUCGCACCCCACGUCCCCUUUUGGACCAGGCAAGUUGUAGGUGUCACCUGAGAAGCAGGCAGGCGGUCUGUAGGAGAGGCAGAGGGGCAGCCUGCAGACCUCAUAUCUUGAUGGCAGUAACAUGGCUUUCCCUUGCCCUCUGUAGAGGAGCGUGGUUCUACAGGGGUCUGAUUUGGUAGGAGUUUAAGACCUUAAUGGGCAGUUUUGGCAGUGGAACAGAAUGAAGGAAUGGAUGUAUUGCAGGGCAUUUGCUGUUUCCUAAAAGAAAGGAAACAAUACCAAGAAUUUCCCUUUAAAAAUAUUUAUGCUCAUGACAUUCAGAUUUGCUUUGUCUUUAAUGUUGCUGGGUUUAGUAUGCACAGAUGUAAUCAAUUUUUCUGUACAAGAUUCAUUUUUCACCUGAAUCUGCAGUCUACUACACAGAUAAUUUCCUUAUCUUUUUGCUUGUAUCUUUCAUUAUUCUAUUCAGUCCUUUAAAAUGAAGAAAAAAGUAUCUUGGAGGGGGAAGAAAAUAUUGGAGCCUUACCAGACAAGAAAUUGAUAAGCACAAUUUGUCAGACGGACAAGGUCAGAUAGUUUGGGUUUUAAGGGCAGUAGCCUAAAGUCCUCUUCUGGAUUCACUGAACAUAGAUAAAAGAGCAAAUGAAGCCCAUUGAUUUCUUCCGUUUAUGGAUUCAGAAUUAGCAUAUGAAAAAGUUGCCAGUUUAAAAAAAAAUGAGUUUCUCAGGUAAUAUUGUGUGGCAGAGGGGUUCAGGGUAGGCAUAAGAAUCACCUCUGUCACUUGUGCUCUGCAGCCUUUUGCCUUGCCUCCAGUAUUAACCUUUCCCUCUCUUGUGUUUAAUUGAACAGAUGAGUCCUUAUUCUUGUUUAAUCAUGGGUGUAAGAUGUCUCCACUCCUUGGAGAGUAUCAGCAUGUGCUGGAUCUAGCCUGCACCACUAACUAUUCAGCAAAAUACAUGGCAAUCACAGAGUCUUUGUAGGGUUGAAAAGGCAUUCUCUUUUCUAUAUUAUUUUAGUUUGAUUUGCUUUUAAUGGUAUUUUAGUCUACUCACGAAAACAUCCUUGCCUGCAACUUCAAGUUACCAAAGAAGUGACUAUAGCAUUGUUUGCACAGAUUGGGAUUUGGUUUGCAGCAAAAAGUUACUUACUAAUCUGAAUUUAAUGCCUGGGAGGAGGAUCAGACGCACAGAUCCUGAGAGACUGGAGUCCUCUGCUGCUUUGUGUAGGAGAAACAGACUUAGCAGCCGCAAUGCAAAUUUGCCACAUGCCUCAGCAUGGCACUAGAGGGGAAGGAUGGCUCCAUCUCUGUGCCCAACCGAGUCCUUGGUGAAGCUGGGGGCAGUUGUCUGGGUUAUGGUAGUGAGGCCCCUGACAUCUGUUCACUGAUUUUCUAAUUCUACCAGCUAAUCUCCCAUACCCCUGUAAGCAAGAAUUUCUGGAAAAUAACCUUUGACGGUUACACAAGCAUUAGUUGUAAAUUAGUGUCUUAAAUUUGAAAACAGAUUUUAAAUUUGUGAAGUGGCAAGCAUCUGCAUCUAUUAAAUUUGAAAAACAGAUUUAAAAUUUGUGAAGUGGCAAGCAUCUGCAUCUCUCCCUUGACUGAGCGCCAUGGACCUCUUUAUGUGAAGUUCAUUAGUGCUGUGUUAAAAUGUUGAUAAUCUUCAGUCUUUACAUUAUUUUCAUGAUACAGUCACUUUUGUAACUCUAGAAACUCUUUUUUAAUUACUAGAAUUCUUGUUUCUUCUUAAACUGGACCUUAGACAUGAUAUUGUAGACUAGCAGCUGGUCUCUGUACAGGCAUUUGGUGACUGUAGGUGAAUUCCUGCCUGUCUGCUUUGCAUUUCAUUUUUUCGAAUGGCAUAUGUUUAAUUAUAGGCAGCGGUCAUUUGGCAGCCCAGCAGUGAGUGAAGCAGAAGCCAGCUCACAGAAGUAGCUUGUGUGUUUUCCUAGCGUUAUAUGUAUUCUGAGGAUUUCUUCCCCUGCAUGCCUAUUAUUGAAGGUUACACCACCUAUAGUUACACCCACUCUUGUGCCAAAAAUCCAUGUUGACAGGUACUAUCCAUAUACCUGUACUGGGAAAAUCUAUUGGAGGAGAGAGUGGAUCCUGCUUUUAUAAAACUCUCUACUUUCCCCAAAGAAUAUUAAGAUAAUCAGUCUUUUAUCAGCUUUUUAGCUGCUUCACCUGUUUGAACUGUGCAGAAAAAUGUAGCUUCUGGUAUUGGUGGAGGAACCGAAGUGUCCCAGUUGUGUUUCUAAAAGGUACAUUUGUAAUCCCAUGGGAAUUGAUGGCAAUACUGCUGCCAGCAGGGAGCAAGACUGGGCUGGAGACUAACGCUCUCAGUGUUGGUGAAAUCAUAUAAGCAAUAUUUUGGAUCUUCGUUCACAACACACACAGACCACCAGGAAAUGAGUCGUGGAGCUCCAAAGAGCCAAGAUGGUGAAAAACUAAUUUUGAUGUCAACCCAGCCUCGAGGGGAAAUCCACGGUCCAAUCUGGCAGUUUUGAAUCAAGUCUUUCACACACUGCUUAUUCCAUAUUUACUGAUAGAAAACUCAGAUAUAUUAAAUAGGAAUAUGUGUCUUUAAUUGGUACUGGAGCAUUUCUGCUUUGUAUUUUUCUUGUCUUAAACAUCACGUAUACCUUUUAUAUCUCUUCUAGCAGUUACCACUUCAAAGGUAUGGCAGCAUUUCAGCGUCAUGCUCUAGGCAACGUGAUGUCCGUGAAAGGAUGGUCAUCAUAAAUAUUUUAGUAAGACUGACAAAGCAGUGGUGUAUGUGUACAAGUUUACCGUAGUGAUAAGAAUUCAGUUUUAAGAGUCUGGUAAAUAAUUACAUUUUCAUUAAAACAGUGUCCUUUAAUGGCAGAUGCAUCUGAUUUCCAAGGUUAUCUGUUGAAAUGUGAAGCUAUGUUAGUUUGACAAGCAAUAGAUUUUAAUGUGGUUUCUCCCUUGAACAAUUUUACAUCCCAGCAAGCAUGGUGAUCCUGAAAAGGUGUCAUUUUUGAAAAGCAGAACCUGAAUUCUGUUAUUCAGAUUUCUUUAUUCAUCCUAGAGAAAUGAAACAGAAACCUUGCCUUCUAAAAGCAACAGCAUGUAAAGUAGAAUGAAAGAAGGACAACAGAUAUGUAUGCCUAAUAUCUUCUGUGAAUGUCUUUCCUUUUAAGUAAAGUUCUUAAGAAAAGCAGAUUGGUAAAUAAUAAUAAUAAAAAAAAUUUAAAAAGAAAAGAAGAGAAAAGAAAAAAGAAAAAAAAAAGGAAGUUUGAAACAGUUUUAAUUUCAUUAACAGCUGUCUCCUCAUGCUUUGUAUAUUCUGUUCAUUGUCUAUAUUUUUUCCUUCUCUAGUACCAGGAAAUCAAUUUGGAAAGGACAGAAGUUGGAAAGACCUCUUAAGAAAAGACCCACAGUACAUUAAAAAAGGGACUUCAGAACAUAGUUGUAUGUAAGAGAGGGUGCUGAAACCAGGGAAGAAACUGAAGUGCAAGUAUGUUCCUGCUGCAUCAGGCAGCCCUGAUGAGCUGUCGUGGAGGAGGAUCUCAGGCAGUGUGAAUCUGUGCUUUUUGAGGUGGGCUGAGGGUCUGAGUAGAGUUUUGGUAGAAGUGACCGCUUUUCUGGGGUUUUUCCUGCCUUUUUGCAGAUAGCAGCAAGCUGUCUGCCGUCAGGUUUGCUCACGUUUGUUACUGCAGGCUGUGUGGCACUGCCAGCUUCACAGGAGUUACACACUGCGAAUGGCUGAGCGUGGGCGGUUUGCCUGCCUCUCCUACCGUAGCUCUGUCCUUUGCUUAUGAAUGUGAGCCUUCUGUGGAAGUCGGCAAGAAAAAUGCAUGCCCAGCUCAACAGAUCUGUUUCUGUCCCUUUUCACAGACUACCUUAUCAGGCUUUAAAGAGUUUUUAUGGUGUGAAGCAUUUUAUAAAAGAACGAUGUUAAGUGUACUUCAAUGGGAAAGCGUGAAAUCUAGGCAAAGAAGCAUCAGUGCAGCAGGCACCCAAGUCAGAAGGACUGUGCUUCUCCCACCCCGUUGCUCUGUCUGCAGUGUGAAUUGCCUUAACCAGUGACCCAAGGCCCUGUCCCUGUCCAAGAGCUUAACCUACUUUGUGGAAUAUAGUAGCGGCACAGUCCUGUCGUGAUGCCUUGCGACCAUGUUUUGAUGGUUCAUUUGUACUGACUGUUGUGACCCCUAGAAGGGGAGUCACACUUUCUACAGGAAAAUUUUUCAUUUCUAUAGGAAAGCUCUAGAACAAAGAGAUGGGAGUGAAGUUUUGAGUUUAAAGCCCUUCUGAUACUUGUACGCUGUGACACAAAGAAGAGUCUUUGCUUGCCGUCACCACAUGUAUCUCAGGGCAGCCCGAAGUGUGUGGGUGUGCACAUGCACCCCUGAAACCUAAGGCUCUUAAGGAUGCGAUAUCUACAGCUCUUGGGUAUUUAUUGCCAUAAUGUGGGUGGGUAAGAUACCAAACUUGCUUCAAAUCCAUGAGUCUGCAGUGCUGGCAAAAUCACUUGCUCUUGAAAUUAAAUACAAUUUUGGAGGUAAACUCAGACUUUGCUCUACAGUAGUAAGCACAUAUGGUGCCUCAAAUGAGAACAGACUUGGACGUGGUUUCCAAAAAGCAUUUAUCUAACAAUCUGUAACACAGUUCUUAUAACAUCCUACUUAACUCUAACUUUCACAGACAAGCAGAAUUCUUGAAGCACUAUGCUCAAAACUGAUUGUGCCAACAACUUCAGAACUGGGAAGAAAAGUGGCGGAUUUGUUGUUUCUUUAUAAAAGAAGGGUUUUUUUUAAAAAAAGUCACUUCAUGUAAAAAAGAAAAGUUUGGUAUUAAUGGGCUCUUUCACAGAGGAGUGUUUCUUUUGACUGGUUUUCUAUUUUCAAAACAUCUUGUGAGAAAAGUUAAGCAAUUAUUCCACGUGAUGCAAAGCACAACGAGAACUGCUUCUGUGAAAAGGGGGUAAGAUAUACUCUGCAAAUAUACAUGGAGGCAAGUAACAAAUUUAGUGCAUCUAAAUUGUUAUUCCUUCUGUGAUACAGCAGCUUCCAAUAAUGCCUGCUUAUACUCCCACUGCUAUUUUUUCCUUAAUGGUUAAACAUCUGGAUUAAACAAACAUGAGAGAAGAGUGCAUACCCUUUGUGUUGCCAUAGUUCGAUGUUCUUGCUUGGUGUGUGAUAGGGUAAUAGGGAAUAGCACAUGGUUAUUUCCUCAGAUUUCAUAGCAUUAAAAUUCUGCUGUCUGCAAGGGUCAGAGAGGUACUAUCAGUGUAUUAAUUAUUAAAACUUAGAGGUAUUUGUACUGAUAAUACUGAACAACUGACAUUCUGCAUUCUAGCAAAGAGCUGUUCUAAGAAAUUCUUACUUAUUGGAAACCCAUGUCAAGGCGCAUAGAUGGUAUUUUCUGACAAGUAAGAAAAGUAAGUUGCUGGGAUGACACUAGAGCAGAAACUAUUUGAGGAAAUGUUUAGCAUGCUGAACAAUAAACUAUACCAGAAAGAGUUUCUCCUUGCUUUCCAGUUGGAGAUUUGGGGUAGCUACAGCGCUGCAGCUAGUCGUGCAUCACCAUGUGUGCAUUGCCUAUUUGGCCAGAAUAUUUGAGCUUCUCCCGCCUUUCACAUGCUUUAAAACAGGCUGUUUCAAGAAUACAGCUGAAGAUGUGAAACUUAAGCAAGCUGCUCUAGGCUGCUGUGGGAGCAGAGAGUCAUAGGUCCCAAACUCUUCCACCUGCUGGUCUGGCCUUGCUUGGAAGAUAAUCUUCAGAUGUGCUGCUGCCUGUCCCUGUCUGUCGUCCCCUGUUCCCCAUCAUACAGAACGGCAGAACAGCCCAGGUUCGAAGGGACUUCAAAAGACCUUCUGGUCCAGCUUUCCGUGGGAAAGGCAGCUGAGAUGAGAUCACCUAGCAUCCCGUCCCGUUGUGUAUUUUUCCCCACUGACUCCUUUUUCAGGACAGUAGGCUAUCAGCAGGCUCUUGUCUAAGAUGGACUGAAAGAGUCACUGGAGCAAGUCAACAAACUCUUGAAUCAGCCAGAAAGCAAUAACUUUAAAUGACUCAUGUCAUGUGGAAGUAGGCUUUAUUUGGAAAAUUUCCAGCCUAUCAGCUCUCCUACAUUUGGUCAUGGCUUUGUUUAGUGAUGCAGCAACCAGCCAAAUCUAUGUGUGUUUUUUUAAACCCAUAUGGAGGUAUGUGAGAUAAAUAAACUUGGCUGAAUAAAGACAAGGUAGCCAUCCCCUGUAUACUAAUGUUUAUUCUCUAAACUGCGUGUCCUCUGGCUUAUGGUUCGUGUGUUGCUGAAGGAGCCUGACCAUGGCACAGUCAAUAAAUCAUUCACAAGCUGGCCCAACAGCCCUGUGCUGCUUUGUCUUAAAAAUCCGUUUUGGGUAAAUAUUUAAAAAUGAGUCUAUGUUUUGCCAUUAUAAAGCACUGGAUGCAGUAUUAGCAGCUGGUUGUGUUUUAUUUCUGUUACAAAAUCAAGGUCUGUCCGUAGAGUUUUCUUGUGUGACUUGCACUAAGGAGACAUUUAUCCCUGAAACACAGACUACAGCAGCAGGGCGAGGUAGCAAAGAGAAAUUCCCUUCGCAGUACACCCUGAAACGCAAUGUAAGUCCCUUUUGUUACACAUCUGCUGGUACAGGGCUGAGAUCUCUGUACACAUCUCAUGUCUCCUUCUCUCCAAACCCCCUACCCACCACUCCAAGGCCAGCAUGGAGAGAAACUGGCUGACAGUUCUGGGUUUUUUCCCCUCACUUUAAAAGCGUUCCCUCUCACUGAUCCAUUCAUCACCCUUCACCAUCAUCUCUGAACUCCUCCCCAGCAGCACUUGCUGCUUUGACCAAGGUAGAGCCUCUCACCUUCCUAAAAUGUGACCGUUGUAGUGGGAGAGUUGUGUGCCUAAAGUCCUGUCAUCUAUUAUAUUUGCAGCUGGGUUUUGUCUGUUUAUAGUACUUGGUGACUGAAAGGAAAAGUUUGGUUUCUGCCAUCUGCAGCGUUAUUUUAUAGCUUGUUUGUAUUUGUUCCAAAAAUCACAGCGCUGUCUGGCAAAGAAAGUCUGAAAACAAGGCAGAUGCCCCUCGUUCCAGCAAGCGUACUCACUCUCUUUUGCUUGGUUCACAUUUUCCCAAGAGAUACCAUCACUCAAAUGUCUAGCAAAAGCCAGUUUCUAUUUUCCUUAGGGUCACAAGAUGUCAGAAUCCACCCUCAGCCUACACAAGACCACUGGCAGCCAGCCUCUAAAGGAGGGCACAAAAGGAGUGACAUGGUAGAAGCCUCUAGUGGUUUGAGUUUCUUGGAGUUUUAAAGGUCCAUCUCAACAGGGGCAAAAAGGCAGCUCUCCUACAGAUUUCACUUAUUAGCACAUCCAAGAAAAUUCUCAUCAAGGAAUUAGAUUAUUUUCAUUGGAUCAACAUCUCAGAGAGGAAUAAAAAAUGAUUCUGCAUUUGGAGUACCUGUGGUACUAUACUUGUCCUGUUGCAACUCCUGCGUUGUGUCUGAUCUUUUGGAGCUCCAGCAGCUUAAGAUAAGGGAUCAGAGUCACUUGAAUAAGGAGGACUAAGGCAUCACUUGAUUCCCAUUAACUCUCUGAAGCACAGGGAACUGGCUUUCCACAAACCUGCUUUGCAUGGUUGAUCUCGCUUGUAACACGGGUAAGCAGGAUCUUUUCUUUUGCUCUACUCUUCAGUGGAUCAAGCCCCACCAAGCUGGGCAGCUGUCGCGUAAAAUAUCUUCGGUCCUAGUGAACUGAACCAUGUGUUGAGCAGCCCAAGCCCAGGAGUUCCUCUGAUGCAACCGCAUGAUUUGGCACAAUAUUCCUGAAAAGCUUCAGCUCCUCGACAACCUGCUACCCUAUUUGACUAGUGCUAACUGAGGCCUCCUGGAAACGAUCUGUACUGACUUAAUCCUACAUGUGGAUGCCAACUCCAAGGGCACUUAAUUUUGUGGGGAUUAAAUAGGUUCCCCACACACACACACUAUGGAGUGUUUAGGAUGUGCUCAGUCUGAAGCUUCUUACUGACAUAUAAAUAGAGAUAUAGAGAUAAAUAGAUAUUUUUAUGGAGAUGUUUUAUAAGUGGCCUUUACUUUGUGCAUGGUAAUUAUUGACAAACUCUUGUUAUUUAGGAGCUGCAGAGUGGCUGGUUCUGCAGUUUAGAAAGCAGCCAGCUGUCUCUGUGGCAACAGGGACUUGGGGUAUGGGCUUGGAUUUUGAUUUUUUAUUAUUCAGCUAUAACUUGCAUGGUUUGGAUUUGGGUUUUGUCUCAGUGUCUUUUUUUGUCUUCUUUUUUUUUUUUUUUCCUUUCUUUGUUGGUUCUCUGGCAGGGAUAUAUUGGGCUCAAGCAGGAACUUGCUUCUCAAGUCUUUGAGAGAUGGUUUGAAGCCAUCACUGCCAUACGACACUCCAGAAACACUUGCCUUGCACAGCCCGUGGCAUUGAUCUGUGUGAGGGCCCCAAAACAGUUUCUUUAGCAAGCUAUUGGGGUUUUCGUAGUUUAGUGAGGGCCUCCUGUUUCUCUAGCUUGGCUUGGCACACUAGCAAGCUAGCAGCAGCUGGGCCACGGGUGUAGAUAGCCUCGUGAGGAAGAACAGGGGUCAGCAGGGACUAGGAUAUGUUCAGGGUUCAGCAGAGACUAGGACAUGUUCAGGGUUCAGAAGUAGAUUCAUAAACAUAGCAGUAGCAAAAGACUGUCAAAAUUGCUACUGAGGCAGAUCAUUUAACUUCCUCUUUUCUUUUACUCCUUCCCUUUACUCCUUCCACUCCCAAUACUUUGUUUGUAUGCCACAUCUGAGUAAUGCAUCUCUACUGGCUGGCCACCUCCCAGUAACUGGGGCUCUGGGUGCGAGGUAGAAACGUUGCUGUGCUUUCUCAUCCAUCUCAUUCCUGCUGCUGUGGAGUGGUCUGUGCCUGGGAAAGGACCAGGGCCAUUAGCCUUUAGGAAGCAAAACAAGCCUCUCACUCCUUCUCUCCAAGCCCAGGGUUACGUGCCUGCAGAGCUGACUCAAUUCCCUGGCGGGUGAACCAAGGCCUUGUCUGUUAGCAGUUAUUCUAGUCCACAGGUUUCUUUCUUCAGCACAAUUUUCCCACCAUGGGAAGCAUAACCAGGAUAUGGCGGUUACCCUAUUUAAACAAAAAUGUGUAUAUUUAAAAAAAAAUCUUAAUCUGAAAGUAGAGUGUAUCUGAGAUUGCUCUGUUAUAGACAUUUAGUCUACAGGUUUAUGGCUACAUUUGCUAUGUUAUGCUUGAAUAAACAUAUAAUUCAUUGAAAUACACAAGACUGAUAAAAGUAAUAUGAUCUCUUUAAGGAGAAUAAACUGUUUGUAAAUUUAUAAAGAGUAUAAUCUGUUAGGCCUUAUUUGAAGUAUGUACUGUGGUUUGGUAAAAGUACAUUAAAAGAGCCUUGCCAG